GAGAAAAUGGGAGGAAGCUAGCUAGUUUAAAUAAGUAGCUUAAAUAAUCAGCUAGCAAAUUACAGAAACUGGAAGAAUUAAAGCUUAGUUGAGAAUGGGCGGUAGAUUAUUAUUGUUAAGGUCGUCCUCUGAAGCCGCGGCAAUGGCAGUGGGGGUGAGUUGCUGCUUGCUUGUGGUGGCGAUGAGUGGGGCUGCUGCUGCCAGUAAAUGCGUUGAUGCGGAGAGGGAAGUGCUCCUCAAGUUCAAGCACAACGUUCUUGACGAGAAGGACAAGCUACGUUCCUGGGGCAACCACAGUGAUGAAGAUUGCUGCCGCAGCUGGGAGGGGGUUUGGUGUGAUAAAGCUACUGGCCAUGUCAUCCGGAUCCAUCUUUUUAAUAUGUCUCUGUCCGCGAAAGAUGGUGGGAAGUAUAGCAACAGCCUUCCAUUCUUUGAGCUCCGCUAUUUGAAGUAUUUGGAUCUUAGCCUUAACAAUUACUUGCUGGAAAACCAGAGCAUCUCAUCAAUGAUUGGGAACAACUAUAACGGUAGUAACAGUAUGAUUUCCCUUCAGCAUCUGGGUCUUCGUGGCACCGGAAUCGUUGGCACCAUUCCUGAGAAUUUAGUAAACAUCAUGCCCGCCCUUACGGACCUUGAUCUCUGCGGAAAUGGUUUAGAAGGUUUCAUUCCUGAAAGUCUUGGAAAAGGCAUGCCUACCCUUGCCAACCUUUAUCUCUGUUCGAAUUAUUUACAAGGCACCAUCCCUGAAAGUUUUGGAAACGGCAUGCCUGCCCUUACAUGGCUUGAUCUCAGCUUUAAUAAGUUACAAGGCAACAUUCCUGAAAACUUUGGAAACAACCUGUGUGCCCUCACAUAUCUCGACCUGUGAGAGAAUCAGUUGGAAGGUCACAUUCCUGAAGCUCUAGGAAAUAUGUCUGUCCUUGAAUUCCUUGAGCUUGGGGGGAAUAGACUUGAAGGAGAAAUCCCCAAAUCCUUGUGGAACAUAUGCACUUUGCAAAGCCUGUCCUUGGAAUCCAACCAUCUUAAUGAAAGCCUAUACAUAACCACAAUAUGCCCAAAUCACCCUUUGCAGGAGUUAUACUUAUACGACAACCCAUUCACAGGGCUCUUUCCCAAUCUUACGAUUUUCUCCUGUUUGGAGUCAUUAUAUUUUUCAAAUACCCUCAUAGAUGGGGUCAUUUCUGAACAUCACUUUGCUAAUCUCUCUUACCUAACUUACCUGGACCUAUCUUCAAACACUUUCACUUUUAACGUCUCCUCCACUUGGCUCCCUCCUUUCAACUUGAAAAAGAUACACCUUAGUUCUUGUAAGUUGGGACCCGAGUUUCCGAGUUGGCUUCGAACUCAAACCAACUGUAAGGUGCUUGACAUUUCCAAUAACGCCAUCUCGGAUUCAAUCCCCACCUGGUUUUGGAAUACAAUCACUAGCUUUGUGGAAAUUAAUGUUUCUAACAAUGGAAUCAAGGGAAUAAUUGGUAUUGAUGCUCAAGCUUCAAUCCGCAGUGGUAUGCUAGAUAUGCGUUACAAUCAAUUAGAAGGUGCCAUUCCACCCUUUUUCUUCAAUGUGAGAGCACUGUACCUUUCUCAUAAUAACUUCACUGACCUCAACUCCCUAUGUGAUGUCAACGUAUUUUCUCCUUUACGGCUUUUGAAUAUCUCAUUCAAUCAACUUUCAGGAACACUUCCAAAUUGCUGGUCAAGAUUGUCUCAUCUGCAAGUUCUGAAUCUGGGAAAAAAUCACAAUCUCUCAGGGACUCUUCCAACUUCCAUUGGUUCAUUGGCUUCCCUGGAGGCAUUGCAUCUUGACCAUAACAAAUUUACAGGCGCUCUACCUUCAUCCAUCAAAAACUGUUCUCGCUUGAUAUCUUUACACCUGGGACACAACAGCUUGUUUGGACCAAUACCAGAUUGGGUGGGUGAAAGUAUAACACAACUUUCGAUACUUGUGCUAACAUCCAACAACUUCAAUGCAAAUGUACCCACCACUCUCUGCCGUCUCCAGUCUCUUCAGCUGUUAGACUUGUCCCUGAACCACCUCUCAGGGACUAUUCCCAAAUGUAUUUCUAAUCUCACUCAAAUGAUGAACAUAACAUUAGGCAUUCCCACCAUUUCUUAUGAGUUCUCAUUCACUCUCACUAUUUUAAAUCAAACAUGGCAUGCAGAGGCUACAGAAGAUGACAAAAUAGAGGUUACAUGGAAAGGUGCUGUCUUUGAAUUUGGAAGUAGAUUAAGAGACGUAAAGAGCAUUGAUCUAUCAUCCAACAUGUUGAGUGGUGAAAUUCCAACUGAAAUCACAUCACUUGUUGCGUUAGUUUCUUUGAACUUAUCACGAAACAAUCUACAGGGACACAUUCCUCUCAGGAUUGGUAACUUGGCACAAUUGAAUUUUCUUGAUUUGUCUAGUAACCAUUUGUCUGGUAGCAUUCCUCCAAGCAUUGCCCUGAUUGAUGACAUAGGCGUUCUUAAUCUUUCCAACAAUAAGUUAUCUGGAAAAAUUCCCAAAGGCACACAACUUCAGAGCUUUGAUGCAAGUGCAUACAUGGGGAAUCCUGCGCUAUGUGGAGAUCCACUCCCUAACAGCUGUUCAGGAGAAGAAUCAACUAGUCCUCCUCAUCAAUUCAGUGAAUAAGGAGCUUCUAAUAGAGAAGAAGAGGAUAAACUUAUUGCCGGUGAUUUUUAUGCAAGCAUAGGUGUCGGAUAUGCGAUUGGAUUCUUGGGAGUUCUUGGGACAAUGCUAUUCAACAGGUCCUGUAGCUUUGCAUUUUUCAAAGUCCUUGAAAACUUUGCUAAUUGGACUUAUGUUGUGGUCACAAUGCACAAGGCUAAGUUCAUGAGAUCAGUUGGUGGUUAACAGGCCAGUGUAAAUACCCUCCCUCCAUAUUUAAAAGCUGAAAAGGGUAUCAUUUCAUGUUAUUUCAAUAUUUAUGGUUUGUUUUCCGAAAUUUCUACUGCAUAUUCUUUUUUUAUGCGCUCUAUGUCAGUUUUCCUAUGUUUUGUGUAUUUUAAUAACCUAAUGGGAAUGUUUCGGCUUGGAUACUGGUCGCUGUUAAUUAGCUUUGUAGGAUUAAAGUACACCUUUUGCGGCAGUGAGAUUUAUCUUUUAUGAUUAUAACCUUUUUGUUUCGGAUCUGUUUAUUUAACAAGCUAUACUUGAGAAGGUUGUUAAUGUUUAAAACUAUUAAGAUGACUUUACCUCUUACUCCUGAAACCCCCAAACAAGUUAAUGCAGAGCUUAAUGGGCACUGCUAAAAGUGUGUUUUGGAGCGGUAAGUCAAUUGAAAUUUUAGAAACAUUCUAUUUGGAUGGAUAUAAAAAAGUCUCUUUGCUAACUCUAGUAUAUUUAUUGUGUAUUUUUUUAUAGUAUGUAUUACAACGCAAAACUGUCAUGAUAUGUAUUUUCCAAAAGAAGAAGAUAGUGUUACAACGCAAUUCUGUAGUUUUCUUUUCUUUUUGUGAAGAUGGUGUCUGUUUGAUAUUAUGGGAGGUUGUUUUGCUGGCAGUACUUAAUAUUAGUAGAAGUUGAGAUUGAACUUUUUGGCCACAUGAUAAAAUCCUAGGCGGUCAUGUUAGAUUAAGAAUUUUUCUUCCAAAUUGGACCUUUCUUUUCUUUUCUCUUCUUGGUGUUCUCCAGUUUGUGUUCCUAUUUCUGAUAAUGUUUUCCAUUUCCUUCUCUUUUUCAGGUUUAGAGCUUUAGAUAGUUACCAGUUGUGGAAGAGUUUGGAAUUACAGGGGAAAAAGAAAUUGGAGUAUUAAAACAGCUCAUGAUGCAGCAAGUUUGAUUGAGGAGGUGGAUCUCAUACAAUCAUAUAUAUAGACAAUAAAGUUUAAUUUCCAUUUUCUUAUCUAGGUGUAUUAAAAACAUAAUCUCCAUGAGUCUUAUUGGCUGCUUAUGGUAAUCGUGAUCUGUUAAAUUAAGAAGGGAAGAGGGGCAAUUACCUUUUUUGUCCGGCUAACAAAAAAGGUCAAAUAAGCCCUUAUAUAAGAGAUUCUGUCCGGCCGUCGCCAUUUGGAUCAGUUCCCGGUGUACUUUUUUUAUGAAAUUUUUUGAGCAUCUUAUUCAUUAAGUCUAGUUUAC